CCCCUCAGCCCCGUCAGCCGGAAGCGAGGAGCCGACAGCACGGCAGGUUCUGGGCAUGCGCCUCCCGCCCGCGCUCGCGCAGUGGGGCCGAGGGCGGGUGACGGGGCAGCGGCUGGGGCCCUCCGCCAUGGUGUACAUCUCCAACGGACAAGUGCUGGAUAACCAGAGUCGGGCUCCUUGGCGUUUGUCAGCUAUAACAGAUUUCUUCUGGUCGAUAGCAGAUUUUGUGGUUCUGUUUUUCCAGAGCAUCAUUCAACCAGAUUUGAGAAGAAGAGGUUACACAUCUUCCUCUUAUUCAGGAUACAAUGACGGAAGAGGGCCUCCGGCACUUCCUCGCCGUAGAAUGGGUCGAAUAAAUCACUGGGGUGGAGGCCCCAGUCCACCACCAAUGGCUGGAGGUGGAUGAGGAAGGUAA